CGACUGUCUUCGCUUCGUACCAUCACAAAAUGGCUGGUAAACUAGCUAUCAUCGGUGCCAGUGGCAAAUUGGGGUUCGCAACUUUGAAUGCUCUCCUGGACCACAAGCUCAUUUCGCCCGAGAACAUUGUCUGCACAACUUCAUCAGACGAAGGUGCCAGGAGACUUGAACCAGCACGCAAGCAAGGAGUCGAGAUCAGAUCCGCCAACUGGGAAGACCACAAAUCAUGGGACGAAGCACUUCAAGGAUGCGAAAAGGUUUUCCUGAUCUCCUCUGCUCGAAUCGAAAAAGACUUCAAUGAUGCGCCGCAUGGAGAAGGCCGGGAAGCAGACCAUUUCCCAGCAAUCGAAGCUGCUCGUCAAACCGGAGUCAAGCACGUCUAUUACACCAGUUUAGCAUUCGCGAACCCAAGUUUGAGCCGGGUCAUGAAAGCACACGAGCGAACCGAGGAGUAUUUGAAGCAAAGCGGGUUGAAGUACACCCUGAUCCGCGAAGGACUGUACAACGAGAGCUGGCCGCUCUACUUUGGACACUAUGACGUGAAGAACGAUCAGAGAACAGAAGUUGUCGUAGGCGGCGAUAGCAAGAUCAGCUGGACUUCCAUUCCGGAUCUUGGACUAGCCAACGCAAUCAUCUUGUCCGAUCCGAGCGAGACGUGGGAAGGCAAGACCUUCUACCUUUCGCAAAGGAAAGCACAUUCGCUCGAAGAGGUUGCUGCGAUGGUAUCGAAGGCAAAGAGCAACCAAGUCAGCCUCAAAGUGGUGUCGAGAGAAGAGCACGAGAAGCACCACGUGGAGGAGCGAGGAAUGCCAGAGCCGUUCAUCAAGUGGUGGAGUAAGACGUACGAUGCUCUUCGAGAGAAGGAGUGUGAGAUUAAUGAUCCCACUUUGGAGACGUUGCUUGAGACCAAGGGUGUCAAACCGAAGCAGAUGGAGGAGACAGUGGAAGAAGCUUUCCACUCUUGA